AUGGCUGGACGACAAACACGGGCAGCGGGAGAUGGAAAUCAACAGCCGCAGUACGAGCACACUGACAGGCAGACACCAAGGCAAGCCCAACAGCAAGGACUGUCUCCGCCAUACACGGCGCGACAUUCCACCCAAGAACAGAAUGCACGGCCGGGCAGUCCGGAUGAACUUAUGCCUGACGGGUUUGGUGACAUAGAUAGCAUGUUCCCUCAGGGCCCUAUCUAUGACACUUCUGCAUUUCCGGCCAGACCCAUGCUUGACCAAGGCCAUCAUCCGACCAGCUCCCAGCUCUUUGACGAAGUCCUAGAAGGAUUCCUCAUCAGCUGUGCCAAUGAAUUAUACGCAAAAGCGACACUGAUCGGCCUCUUGUCAUCAUAUUUCCGGGCUGAAAUGGGCAUGGGCCAGAGCGGUGGAGCCAGUAACAGCAACAGCGUCGGCAAUGAGGGUAGUGAUUUCCAGACAUGA